AUAAAAGCUUGUCUUCGUCGCCGCUCUCCAGUCGCCACAAAAUACCUGGGAGGCUUAUCUAUACUUGUAAAGCGCACCGUAUUCAAUUCCACGUUUUACAUAUCUUCGAUUGAAAGGUUUUACAGUAACGGCAAGAAAUCGACUGGCAAGAUGGCCUAUCCAGUGAGGGAUCCCGCUUCGGAACAGUUGAACGAUUAUAAGAAGAAACUCAAGGGAGAAGCAUCCGUAUUAUUAACUGCCAAUGGAGCGCCCAUCGCCGAGAAAAAAGCCAGUCUCACGGUUGGUCCUCGUGGACCCAUGUUGAUACAAGACUUCGUUUACCUGGACGAAAUGUCACAUUUUGCUAGAGAAAGAAUUCCCGAACGAGUUGUCCAUGCGAAGGGUGCUGGUGCGUUUGGCUAUUUUGAAGUUACCCAUGAUAUCACCAAGUAUUCUAAAGCAAAAGUGUUUUCCAGCAUCGGAAAGAGGACUCCCAUUGCUAUAAGGUGCUCUACCGUCGGUGGUGAAAGUGGUUCUGCCGACACUGUCAGAGAUCCACGUGGAUUCGCCGUAAAAUUCUACACUGAGGAAGGUAUUUGGGAUCUUGUGGGCAAUAAUACACCGAUCUUCUUUAUUAAGGAUCCCCUCUUCUUCCCGAGUUUCAUACAUACGCAGAAGAGAAAUCCAGCAACUCAUUUGAAGGAUGCUGACAUGUUUUGGGACUUUAUCUCUCUCAGACCCGAGACGACACAUCAAGUUAUGUUCCUCUUUAGCGAUCGUGGCAUUCCUGAUGGAUAUCGUCAUAUGAAUGGCUAUGGUUCACAUACGUUCAAGCUAGUGAACAGCAAGAAUGAAAUGGUCUAUUGCAAAUUCCACUAUAAGACUAAUCAAGGAAUUAAGAAUAUCCUUGCACAAAAAGCCGCCGAGCUCAGUGCUUCCGAUCCCGAUUACUCGAUCAGAGAUCUUUACAAUGCAAUCUCUAAGGGCCAGUAUCCGACCUACAUAUUAUAUAUCCAAGUGAUGACCGCUGAACAAGCAAAAACUUUAAAGUGGAAUCCGUUUGACUUGACAAAAAUAUGGCCGCACAAGGAUUAUCCAUUGAUACCGGUAGGCAAAUUGGUGCUGGAUCGCAAUCCAGAAAAUUAUUUCGCUGACGUAGAACAAAUGGCCUUUGAUCCAGCGCACAUGGUACCCGGUAUUGAGCCGAGCCCUGACAAGAUGUUGCAAGGCCGACUCUUUGCCUAUGGCGACACUCAUAGGCAUCGCUUGGGUCCAAAUCAUCUCCAACUGCCGGUGAACUGUCCUUACAAGGCGAUUUCCACGAUGCACUAUCAACGGGAUGGUAACAUGUCGAUACAUAAUCAUGGCGGCGCACCGAAUUAUCAUCCUAAUAGUUUCUCCGGACCAAAGGAAUGUCCAGCUGCUCGCUCGCCGCCGUUCUAUGUGAGUGGAGAUGUAGACCGUUACGAUCCCGUGGAUGAGGAUGACUUUGGUCAGGCUGCUGUUUUCUGGAAGAAGGUUCUCGACGAACCAGCUAAAGAGAGACUAGUGCAGAAUAUGGUCGCAAGUUUGCGUAAUGCCUCGACAUUUAUCGUUGAACGAGCUGUGCGAAACUUUGCUCGAGUAGACGUCGAUCUCUCUCAACGAUUAACAGAUGGCUUGCGCAAGUGUGGAAUGCAUAUUAACGCCUUGGGAAAAUCAGCCAAUCUGUAAAGAGGAUAUAAUCAUCUCUUUCUUUUUGUAUCAUAACGUACUUGAUUAUCGAAUACAUAACAAAUACGUACUAAAAUACAUAAUUAUGAUAUGUAAUACUUUUUAUUGAUCUAACAUGUUAGAUUUUCACCAAAAAUAUUUCUUUCUGUCGUAUAUUGCUUUUACUCGAUGAUGUUUGUAUUCAUUUCAAUUAUCGUUUUAUAAUACUAAUAUAGUAUUGUACAAGGGUGUAGGUAUAAAACUAUUAAUGGUGCCUUUUUAUAUACAUAAAUCAUUAUGUUGUACUUGAAAAAGACAAAAAUUGAACAUUAUUCUACUAUUUGUUAAGUUUUGCUACAGUGAUUUUUGAAUACCAUUAGAUUUUAAAGAAGGAACGUGUAUUGGGAUUUAUAUGUAAAUAAAAUUGGAAAUUACUACAAA